UAGCCAGCUACCUACUAAACACACACAGACUACAGCUAGACAGAUAUUAUAUAGCCAGCUACCUACUAAAGCCAUAAAGACUAUAACUCUAGGUAUCUAGAUCGUAAUGAUCAUAUACUGCUGGAACCCUAGCUAGCCAGUUUGAUUGACUGGCUGAAGACCAGUGUAACGUUGCAGCAAAACAAAACAACUCGUCUGACGCUAACACCAACGAUUAAAAGGACUCGCCGCACUUCCCUAAAGUUGGGUAUGUGAUCUCUCCAGCGCUGGAACUUGAAAUGGGGAACUGGCGAAGUGGAUCUGCAGCUCUGCUUUUCUGGGCUCUGUUCGCCCUUCGGACUGUCGAGCCUCAGAAUGUUUCUGCUCCGAAUAUAAUCAUAAUGAUCAUGGAUGAUAUGGGAUGGGGUGAUCUGGGGGUAUUUGGUCAACCAUCCAAGGAAACCCCAAACCUGGAUAUGAUGGCAUCUCAGGGGAUGCUGUUCCCAGAUUUCUACACGGCAAACCCUCUCUGCUCUCCUUCCAGAGCUGCACUGCUCACUGGUAGACUUCCAAUUCGGAAUGGAUUCUACACCACCAAUGCGCAUGCCAGGAAUGCCUACACACCUCAAGAGAUAGUGGGAGGUAUUUCAAAGGAGGAAAUCCUGUUGCCUGAGAUCUUGAAGAAACGGGGGUAUGUCAGCAAGAUCGUUGGCAAGUGGCACCUGGGCCACCGAGAGCAGUACCUACCUCUGGAGCGUGGCUUUGAUCAGUGGUUCGGCUCUCCCAAUUGCCACUUUGGACCCUACAACACUAGCUACAGGCCCAACAUCCCUGUGUAUAACAACUCUGAGAUGAUAGGAAGGUAUUAUGAGGAGUUUGAAAUUGAUGAAAGAACAGGGGAAUCAAACCUCACACAGAUCUAUUUGCAGGAAGGUUUGGACUUCAUCUUCCAGCAGACCCUGGCCCGCCAGCCAUUCUUUCUCUACUGGGCGCCGGACGCCACACACGCACCAGUCUACGCUUCCAAGCACUUCCUGGGUAAAAGCCAGCGUGGGCGGUAUGGAGAUGCUGUGAUGGAGCUGGACUACAGUGUGGGGCAAAUUUUGGCAUGGCUGGUCACUCUGGGCAUAGAUAAGAACACAUUUGUUUUCUUCACCUCCGACAAUGGUGCUGCAUUAAUGUCUGGACCAAAGCAAAGUGGCAGCAACGGCCCUUUCCUCUGCGGGAAAGAGACGACCUUCGAGGGAGGGAUGAGGGAGCCCGCUAUCGCCUGGUGGCCUGGACACAUCCCUGCAGGCACGGUCAGCUAUCAGCUGGGCAGUGUGAUGGAUCUCUUCACUACAAGUCUAACUCUGGCCGGUCUCGCAGCCCCCUUUGACCGGGUCAUUGAUGGGCUGGACCUGACUCCUAGCCUCUUUAACAACUCCAUGACAGACAGGCCCAUCUUCUAUUACCGCGGCAACCAGAUGAUGGCGGUGCGGGUCGGGCCCUACAAGGCACAUUAUUGGACAUGGAGCAACUCGUGGGAGGAGUUUAACAAGGGCAUAAAUUUCUGUCCCGGGCAGGAGGUCACCGGGGUGACCACACACACACAGCAGGAGCACACCAUGCAGCCACUCAUCAUCCAUCUCGGGCGCGACCCUGGCGAGAAAUACCCAAUCAGUGUCCUGUCUAAGGAGUACCAGACAGUGCUGAGUCGUGUCACCCUGAUAGUGGAGGAGCAUCAGAAGACUCUGGUGCCAGGACAGCCCCAGUUGAACAUGUGUGACCUGGCAGUGAUGAACUGGGCUCCGCCUGGGUGCGAGAGGUUGGGGAAGUGUCUGAAACCCCCGCAGUCUCAGCCUUGGAAGUGUGACUGGCCUCACUGAUGCAGCUUCGAAGCACUGUUAAGGAACUUGAACCCAGGCGCAUGUUGGAAAACAUUCUUGGAAAACCUUACCGUUGAUCCUUAUUGUGUUGUUUCUCUACACUGUAAGACUCUGUCUGCACUCGCGGUGUAAUAUUUUACCUUAAAAAAAAUCACAUUUUAAUGAAAAGGGAAAUAUAUAUAUAUAUAUAUAUAUAUAUAU